AUGAGCCUGAAUUCCGAUCGCCGCUCGACUAGCGGUUCCUUCCGGCAAUACUGGAAAGACAAGUUCAAUAAGAGAAGAUCGUCUGGGAAAUUCAGCCCUUCCGUCGAAGACCAAGGUGAUGAAGAUACAAGCAGUGCGCAAGCAUCGACGCCCACAAAGGACGACCAUGUUGCAAGUGAAGUCGAGGUUACAGACAAAGAUAGCAUUGUCUCAGAGAAAGCAUCUGAGGGCGUGAAAGAUGAGGAAUCUUUGCUGAUUUUGGAGCCCGAGAAGCCUCCAUCGGAGGUACCAGAUGAACCAAAAGCAUCUCCAACCCCACAGGAAGACGUCGCCAACGCACAGCCAGCCACGGAGGAUCCUAAUGGCCCGUGUCUGUCGACCCUUCGAGACCAUGGAGCCUCUGUCCAAUGCGUUUCAUGGACGCUAAAUAAUAAGCUCGCAUCGGCUUCAUAUGAUGGUACCGUAAGGAUAUGGGACGCCACCACCGGCCGCUGUCUGUCCACAUUCAAGGAUGACAAUGGAAUACCAGUCUCUGCAGUAGGAUGGCUGCGCAACCCAAGACUUGCAUUGGUCUCAGGUGAUGGAACGGUCAGGAUUUGGCGUGCCACCGAUGGCAGGUGUCUUCAAUCAUUUGAAGAAGACAUUGCCAGCUACAGGGAUGCUGUUGACUCGUUUUCUACUGUUGCGUGGUCCCCCGAAGGCAACCUUGCCUUUGCUAACGAGGAUGGGUCUAUUUUGAUUCGGCAUGUCACAAAUGCUACCGGGUUCAAGUCCUCACUGGCGCUCAAUGGUCGCCAUGAAGGUGCCUAUGCGCUGGCCUGGUCCCGGGAUGGCAGGCUUGCUUCAGGCGCCAAGGAUGGAAGCAUCAAGAUCUGGGACACCACUGACGGCCAAUGCAAGCUUAAGCCUGGAGGCCAUAACAGACGGGUAUAUGCUCUUGACUGGUCUCGGGAUGGCCGGAGGCUAGCAUCGGCAUCUGAAGAUAACACAAUCAAGGUGUGGGAGACCCAGAAUGGCCACUGUACUGUAUGGGCCCAAGGUCAAAGUGAUUCGAUCCGGUCUCUAGCCUGGUCACCAGAUGGUCGGCUUGCAGGUGCAGAUGGCGACAUUAUCCGAAUCUGGGACGGUGCAAGUGGCCGGUGUUUAUCGGAGCUUGAGGGCCAUACUCAUCAAGUCCAGUCCGUGACCUGGUCAGACGAUGGAAAGAGACUUGCGUCAGCUUCCCGGGACAGGACCGUCAAGAUCUGGAAUGUCAUGAGAAAUGAUUAA